AUGCCUCUUCUACCCGCCGCUUUGUACGGACUUCGCGUCCCGGCCGGCGACGAGCCGAUGCCUGCUGCCAUUGACUUCCCUGCUACUAUCCGCAUCACAAUGGCCGCCAUCGAUCCUACUGAGGAGCCCGAGGCCGAUGAGGAUGGCAAGGUCCCUCGCGUGCCGCGCUCAACACUCAAGCUCGUCAAGGAGACGGUCAACCCCGACAUGGAUGAGGACAGCGACGAGGAUGACGACUACCUGCAGCAGCUCCUCGCCGAUGGUGGCGACGACUCCGAGGAUGAUGAUGACGAGGAGGAGGCCAACGGUGGCCCGUCCGACCCUUCCAAGUCUAAGAAGGCUCGCCAGGAGGCUGCGCUGAAGAAGCUUCUCGCUGCUGCCAACGAGGAGGACUCGGACGAGGAGAUGGCUGACGCCGGCUCCAAGUCUAAGAAGUCGAAGAAGGGCAAGGCGCCUGCCACCAAGGACGACGAUGAGGACUCAGAGGACGAGGACGAUGAUGACGACUCGGACAUGGGUGUCGACAUGGAGGAGCACGUUCUGUGCACGCUCGACCUUGAGAGGAACUUCCAGCAGCCUCUUGACAUUGUUAUCGGAGAGGGUGAGAGGGCUUACUUCGUCGUCAGCGGCACACACUCGAUCCACCUUACCGGAAACUACGUCAUUCCCGACAUCGAGGAGGAGGACAGCGACGAUGAGGAUGACAGCGAAGACGAGUACGACCUGACCCCCGACAUGGAGGAUGUUCUCGGCGAUGGCGAGUCCGUCUCGAGCGACGACCUCGACGAGAUCGACGGUUCUAUGCGCGUCGAGGAGAUCGACACGGAUGAGGAGGAGGCUCCCAAGCUGGUCAAGGCCAAGGACAGCAAGAAGGGCAAGAAGCGCCCCGCUGAGGACGAGGAGGCCGAGGGUCUCGAUGCUCAGAUUGCCCAGGAGGCUGAGAAGCUGAGCAAGAAGCAGCAGAAGAAGCUCAAGAACAACAAGGGCGAGGCUGUCGAGACCGAGUCCAAGGAGAAGGCCACCCCCGCCAAGGGUGACAAGAAGGUCCAGUUCGCCAAGAACCUGGAGCAGGGUCCCACCGGCUCGGCUGAGAAGCCCAAGGCCAACGGCAAGGCCUCGCUCGGUGUCAAGACCGUCCAGGGCAUCACUAUUGACGACCGCAAGCUUGGCCAGGGCCGUGUUGCUAAGUCGGGUGACAAGGUCAGCAUGCGCUACAUUGGCAAGCUUACGAACGGCAAGGUGUUUGAUGCCAACAAGAAGGGCCCUCCUUUCAGCUUCAAGCUCGGCAAGGGUGAGGUUAUCAAGGGCUGGGACAUUGGUGUCGCCGGCAUGGCUGUUGGUGGAGAGCGCCGUCUGACCAUCCCUCCCUCGCACGCCUAUGGAAGCUCAGGUGUCCCUGGCAUUCCCGGAAACAGCACGCUUGUAUUCGACGUCAAGCUUCUGGAGAUCAAGUAA